AUGUCUGGAGUUGUUCACUUUAAAUUCAAGUCCGCGAUCUCUUUCGAUUCAGUGCAGUUCGAUGGUGCCUUUGUGACCGUUGGAGAGCUUAAGAACCUCAUAGCUGAGAAGAAGGGACUUGGCAGAGAAGCUACUGUUGAGCUCGUACUUUCUGAUCCUCGCUCUCAUGCCGAGUACAAUGAUGACGCCCAUCUGCUGCCGAAAAGCACUUCCGUACUCGUGCGAAGAGCGCCGGUGUCAAAGCUGCGCGCCCUUGAGGGAGGCACAGAAGAUGCGGGAGUGACAAGCACAAGUGCAGCCGCCCCAGCCAGUGAGAGACCCAGUGCAGCACAGAGACCACAGCAGCUACCACAGCAGCAAUUUCCUACUUUUCGUCCAGCGCCGCAGGAUGAUUUCGGCGGCGAUUUGUAUGCCCAGCAACAGCAGCCAGCGUCAAGUACUGCUGGAGCAGGGAGCACAGAGGAGGACGCGCUUGCCAGCCGUUUAGCACAGACUGGGGCGAGCUGGCAGAAGGAGGUGGCAGCAGGAGGCGGCAGAGGGAGGGGACGAGGCAGGGGCCGCGGCGGCAGGGGUGGAAUAGCAAUACCUCCUCCCAACUACAUCUGCUUCCGCUGCAACCAGGGCGGGCACUACAUUGGCGACUGCCCAACAAACGGCGACCCAGAAUAUGACAGGAAGCGCAUCAGGCAGCCAGUGGGCAUUCCCCUGUCCCGCCUCGCGAUCAACACCGAAGGCGGCCUGGUGCUGCCCGGCGGACACACAGGCUCCCUCGUGCCAAACGAGGAUGUCUUCCAGCGCGAGAUGUUUGGGGCCCCAAAGCAGCCCAAGCCGGAGCAGCAGAAGCUGGCGGAUCAGCCCAAGCCCGCGCUUCCGCAGCCCGCAGCCAGCAGCGAGCGUGCUGCUGGUGCACCCCUGCUGCUCGACAACAAGCCGCACGCAGACGACACGGCUGGCCAGGAGGUGGUGGUCUACCAGGCUCCAGAAGCAGCGCCCACGCUGGCAGGCGACGAUCAGCUGUUCCUGGCGCUCGCUCAGCCGCUCGCCACCACCAAGCCCAAGACCUCCCCAGCGCAGGCCAAGAAAGCCGCCCCAGCCAAGCCGCCGGCGGCCGCGCCGGGGAACCCCUGGCUGCCGCCGCUGCCCAUGCCCCUGAUGCCCCCGGGCGUGGCUGCCCCUGCGCCCUUCAUGGCGGCCUUCACGCCGGAUAUGGGCGGGCCCCUGUCCAAGGAGGCCUUCGAGGCGCUGCGCGUUGCGGCGCUGCGUGACAAGCGGGCCGGCUCCAGCGACAGCAGCCGCUCACGCUCGCGCAGCCCUAGGCGGUCGCGGCGGCGGUCGCGGUCUGGCAGCCCGGGCAGGGACGGCAGUGGCCGCCGGCGCCGGCAUGCGGACCGGGGCGCGCGGCGCAGCCGCUUCGGGGACAAGCGGCGCGCGGACGCGUCCGAGAGCCCUGCGCGCAGCGAUGAGCGCCCCAGCCGGCAGGAGCGGCGCAGCCGCAGGGAUGCCCCGGCAGCGCCGCCUCGCGCAAACGACGGGCACCAUGCCAAGCGCCGACGAACUGCUCCGGAGCAGCGGCGCAUGCAGGAGGCGCCAUCUGGUGAGGAGGCUCCCCCAGACGAGCGCUUUGGGGCGGCCAUGGACAGAUGGGAGCCUGGCAGCGAUUUUGAGAGCAAGACUGUGGCGCGGUCGCACCGCAGCAGGAGAGCAGGAGCAGCAGCGAAUAGUGGAGUCCAGGAUCCUGCUGCCCAGCCCCUGAUGCAGGCCUCUGAUGCUCGCCCGUCAGAGGCUGCCAGUGCAGAUGCAGGCACAGGGGCUGAGGCGGCUGUGUCUGGCCCAGCAGCAUCAGAUGGCGUGGCAGACAGAGGCGUUCCAGAGCAGCAGGGACAGCAGCAGACACUGGAGCCCAUUGCACUGCUGGAGGAGCUUGAUCAGGCGCCUCCCAUGGCUUUCAGCAGCAAGGCAGCUCCUGGGCAAGGAGUGCAGAGCGAGGAGCCGAGGGACAGGGGGCGGGACAAGGAGAAGAAGGAAAAGAAACACAAGAAGCAUAAGAAGCACCACAAGAAGGAAAAGAAGCAUCACAAGAGGGACCUGCCAGACAAGAGUGACAGGGAUGAGCGGGAGAGCAGUGCAGAGGCUGAAGGCGACCAAGAAAUGAGCCAGGUCCAGACAGAGGCCAAGAGGGCGGCUGCUGUGCCUUCCCUGGUGCCCAAUCCCCGCUUGUUCCAGCUUAGCCACUCAGCCGCCACAGCAUCAGCUAAGCUGCAGGCGAACAACCGGCACAGAGCUGGCUGACAGGUUUGUGCCGUGCUGAUGUGGACCAAGCGCUGCCCAGCGCGUUCGUUUUGGCCUUUCAAACAAGUUGGGCGAAGCGCACAUGGAGGGGUCUCUGGCAGGCUAGCAUGUGUCCAGCUAAGGAGCACGCUGUUGCGAGUUGCACUCCAUAUUGCACGGGAUGGACUCAUAGGUUGUUUAUGUAUUGAUACUCGGGGCCAUGCAACCUCCACUGGCAGUGGCCGGGCAUGGUUUUAUAACACAAUUUUGGCUCCGGAGACCACCACAUUGGGUGCAUGAUCAAAUGUAUGAGAUUGGCAGCUUUUCUGUUCAAGCACAUAUAUGUAUCUUAGACAUAGAAUGAUGAGUUAGAAAAGUCUAGGGAAGAAAGUGCAGAAAGUGAAACACUCAGAGCAGUUGCUCCCUGGUUCAGAAAAGUUGUAAAGGAUCUGUGAGAGAGAG